AUGGAAAAGUAACAUUCGGUUGAAGAAUCAUAAUAAAUCAAUUAAGAAAUUUAUAACUAAUAAAAUUAAUAAAAAAGAAUUCAAAGUAUACAAUCUUAAGAUGAAGAAGAAUAAAUAAAUAAUUCUCAUUUUAAGAAUUUAAGCUCAUCCUCUAUCUAAAAUGUUCUAUCUGAAUAAAAUAGUGACUAUGGACAGGAAAACCAAGAUGAAUUUAAUUUUCUAAUGUAAGAAUAAAACUAAAAAAAGAACAUUGAAAAAAAAUAAAAUCAAUAAUAUGUUUAGAAUUAAGAACAGGAUCAAAAACAAGGAAAAUUAGUAAAAGAAGAAUCUAAUACUGUUGAAAAUUAAGUUGUUCAGGUCUAGGAACUGAAAAAUGAUGAUAAAGAAAUUAUAAAUUAUUCUCAAACAAGCAAUAAUUAAGGAAAUAAAGAUGUUAAAUAAGUUUCUAUUAAUAACUUGAUCAAAUAAAUUCCAACAGAAAUUUCUGAUUAAAAACUCGAAAAAAAACAGUUAGAUGAAGAUGAAUUAAAUAAUGAAAGAGUUCAUAAGGGUUCCUAAUAAAUAGAAAAACUAAAAUCAAUUAUAAAAUCUCCAAAAUCUGGAAGUUCAUAAAUUUAAUCAGGAGAUCCUUCUUUAGAUAAAAGUAUUUUAUUAGAAAAAAUAUAAAAAUAAAAAAAAAAUGAGUAAUAAUAUAAUCAAAUGAUGGAGACUCAUUUGAAUGAAAUUUUUUAAUUUUAUACCAAAUAAUUCAUAAAUCCUAUUAAAUUGUUGACAAAGGAUUAGAUUUUUGAAAAAAAGCAAGUAUUAAAUUUGCAAUAAUUUAUGCAUUUUUGUAAAGAUUUUAAAUUAAUAGAUUUGCUAGUCACUAAUGAUUUUAUAUUAAAAUAUGCUGGUUCAAAAAGUCAAAAACCUUUAUAUAAAAUUAAAUAUAAAAAUAGAGUAAAGGAUUCAUAUGUUAUUACAAAAUAAAUUUUAGAGGAAAUUUUCUAAAAAUCUUCUGGAAUUAAAUAAUUAAGUUUUUCAGAGUUUUAAUACUCACUAAUUAAAAUAGCUGACAUCAUAUUUCCAGUUUCUGGUUCUGGUUCUGUGAAAGCAUUAAAUUCAUAUUUAGGUCUUCAUGAUCCAGAAAUAUAUAGUAAAAAGUUAACAAAAGUGGAAGAUUUGAAUUAAUCAAGAAUGUAAGAUCAAGGAAAGAUUAAUAUUAAAUCGGAAGUUAAGAAAGUCCUACCAUAAAUAUAAAAUAAACCGAAAAUUGAAAGCUAAAAAAUUUAAGAUACAUUUGAAAUUUCUAAAUUUAUUUAAAUUUAACAGAAUAAUCCUUCUAAAUUUUAAUAGAAUAAUAAAUAUUAAGCUAAUUCAAUUAGAUGGGAAGAUUUGGGAGGGAGCGAUAAAGAUUUUGAUCCAAAAAAAUUACUUUUCGAAGAAGAUAUUACAGAUUAAGAGGAUGCUUUGUAUUUAAAAGAGUAUAUGAUCACAAAAUAAGGGAUUUCUAAAAAAUAAGAGUUUUAAAAAUAAUAUUAAGAAGGAUAAAGGGUUAAUUAUCGUCAACAUGUUGAUUAAAACUAGAAAUAUAAAAGGGAUUAAGGAUACACUGAGGAUGUUUAUAAAGAAUUUAAGUUAUAUGAUUUGUAGCACAAAAUGGAUCUUUAAAAACAUACUAUAUCUUUAUAAAAGAAUUAUGAAUCAGAUGAUGCUUAAUUAAUUAAUUAUGAAAUAGCUGAAAAAAAUUAAUUUUAAAAGUAAAAAAAUUAAUUGAUACAUCCAAAUUCGUUUGAGCUAAGAAAAAAUUAUAAUGUUAUAAAGUAAGUUUCCUUUACCAAUAAAUCCUAAAUUUAUCAUAAUAUGAGUUAAUCAAAUGAGAGAGGAUAAUAAAACAUAUCAUCAAUUGAACAAGAAAGUAAAAAGAACAUAUUAAAAAUGGAAACAAAUUAAAAAAAAAGGGAAUUAUCAAUUUUGGUAGGAAUGAAAAAAAAUUAAGAAAGUGUAAUAAGAAAGAUUUAAAAGAAAUGA